GCUCUGGACAAUGAAACUACUUAGUUACAUUUUGGUUUAUCGUCGGUUUCUUCUGGUACUGCUCAGUGUGCUGAUUUUACUACCACUUCCUCUUGUCAUCUGCACAAAGGAAGCAGAAUGUGCCUACGUCCUUUUUGUGGUCGCCAUAUUGUGGAUCACAGAAGCUUUGCCUCUGUCAAUCACAGCUCUACUUCCAGGCCUAUUGUUUCCCCUGUUUGGGAUCAUGCCUUCUACAAAAGUGGCAUCUGCAUAUUUCAAAGAUUUUCACCUGCUGCUAAUUGGAGUCAUCUGUUUAGCAACAUCGAUAGAAAAAUGGAAUUUGCACAAAAGGAUUGCUCUGAGGAUGGUGAUGAUGGUGGGGGUGAAUCCAGUAUGGCUGACAUUGGGGUUCAUGAGCAGUACUGCCUUCCUAUCUAUGUGGCUUAGCAACACCUCUACUGCUGCCAUGGUGAUGCCGAUUGUGGAGGCUGUGGCACAGCAGAUCAUCAGUGCUGAAGCAGAGGUUGAAGCCACGCAGAUGACUUAUUUCAAUGAAUCUGCCACCCAUGGACUGGAAGUUGAUGAAACUGUCAUUGGACAAGAAACAAAUGAAAGGAAAGAGAAAACAAAACAAGUUCCAGGAUUCAGUAAUGAUGCUGAGAAAAGUUCAAGCAAGGUAGAGAUGGAAAAGAAUGCAGUCACAGGAACAAAAUAUCGGUCGAAGAAGGACCACAUGAUGUGCAAACUGAUGUGUUUGUCUAUUGCCUAUUCUUCUACUAUUGGUGGACUGACAACAAUCACUGGGACCUCUACCAACUUGAUCUUCACUGAGCAUUUCAACACACGCUACCCUGAAUGUCAGUGCCUCAACUUUGGAUCAUGGUUUAUAUUUUCUUUCCCGGCUGCUGUUAUUCUUCUUGUCUUAUCCUGGAUCUGGCUUCAGUGGCUUUUCCUAGGAUUCAAUUUUAAGGAGAUGUUUAAAUGUGGCAAGACCAAAACAUUCAAAGAAAAAGCCUGUGCUGAUGUGAUUAAGCAAGAAUACGAAAAACUUGGACCAAUGAGGUAUCAAGAAAUUGUAACCUUGGUCCUCUUCUUCAUAAUGGCUCUGCUAUGGUUCAGUCGAAAUCCAGGGUUUAUUGCCGGUUGGUCUGAACUUUUUGCACAAUAUCCUGGUUUUGUUACAGAUUCAACUGUUGCCUUAAUUAUAGGACUCCUUUUCUUUCUAAUCCCAGCUAAGAGAUUGACUAAAACUACAUCCACAGGAGAAAUAGUUGCUUUUGAUUACUCUCCACUGAUUACUUGGAAAGAAUUCCAGUCAUUCAUGCCCUGGGAUAUAGCUAUUCUUGUUGGUGGAGGGUUUGCCCUAGCAGAUGGCUGUGAGGUAUCAGGACUGUCUCAGUGGAUAGGAAAUAAACUAUCUCCUCUAGGUUCAUUACCUGUAUGGCUAAUCAUUCUGAUAUCUUCUUUGAUUGUCACAUCUUUAACAGAGGUAGCCAGCAAUCCAGCUACCAUUACCAUCCUUCUCCCUAUCUUAUCUCCAUUGGCUGAAGCCAUUCAUGUGAAUCCUCUUCAGAUUUUACUGCCUUCCACCCUGUGUACUUCCUUUGCAUUCCUUCUGCCAGUAGCAAAUCCACCAAAUGCUAUUGUAUUUUCCUACGGCCAUCUGAGAGUCAUUGACAUGACUAGUAGCCAGAAGUGAAGAUGCCAUUCGAAUUUAUAACUACAAAUUCAGUGGUGUUGCUGCAUGAGCAACAGUCUGGGAAAAGAAGAACAUAGAAUGGCUCAAUGCAACAAAUUAAACUUACCAUGUUAAGGCCUACCAUGUCAGGAUCGACCCUGACUCAGGAAAAAAAACCAAAAACAACAACAAAAAAGAAACAGAGCUAAUGAAUCGAGGAAUCAAAACUGCACUGUGGUUUCCUAUCACAAAUAUAUAAGAAGCAACAUUUGCUCCGAAUAAGACACUGGGCUCAGUGCCUGACUGAUGAAAAGCCAUCUUUUCCUGUCCUGAUUCUUAUACCCGCACCUAGACACUUCAGCAAGUAAUAACAGAAAAUAGAAGAGACAAAACAUGCACAUUUUUGCCAAAUGUUAAAGUAGUGAUAGUGAAGAGCUAAUCUGAGAUUAUUUGGAAUUAGUGCAACCUUCAUCCCCAGUUUCAAAGCCAACCCAAAUCCUAGCAUAAUCAAAGUGAAUUAAUAAGAUUUCUGUAGAGAGAGUCCCAAGAUAAGUUCAGGUUCCAUCUUUCCACCUAGAUAUCUGUUCCCGAAUAUCUACAUCAUAAUUCUGUAUGUGUUUUUAUGCCUAAUCCUGCCCUAUGUUUCCACAAACUAAAUGUGCUUAAUACAAUGUGUGCAAUGUCCUAUGUAAGCAUUAAAUUGAAUAAAAACCAGGCUCUCGAAUAAACCA